GGUACAGCGCACAUUGGUGCUCCCGCCGCUGUAAAAGUUGUACUACUUCACGUCACCGUAAAGCUUUACGAUGGUGACUACUACCCGAUCCAAGUGCGUGUCCAUGGACGUCUCGACCCAGAGCCUACCGGACCUCUCGUCAUUGCAAGUCAAAGUGGGCGAGUUGCGCCUCUCAGCCGAUGGCACUUGGCUGUACCUGCUCCAAGUCACUUGUGGCCGUGCGCGCUGGCAGGUGGCUAAGCGCUACAGCGAGAUCCGCGAGCUGUGGCUUGAGCUCAGCAAGACGCUUAGUGAGGACACCGUACAAAACUCGUGCACCGAGCACUGCCACUUCCUCGCUGGCUUCGAGCAAGAUAAGUUCCCCAAGAAGCAUUUACUGCUCACACAGCACAAACUCGAGGCACGCGCCAGCGAGCUGGACCAAUUCUUCCUAAAGAUGGCUAUGCGUCUCAAUCUUUGCAACUCGGUCGAGCUACAGACCUGUCGUCUACGUGGCUGUGAAUUGCUGACCCUUAUCGCCAAAUUCUUUGACGUGGACGCCGAGCAAGCUAAGAACAGCACCGCAUCGGGAUUUUCGCGUAGUAUUUCGAUGCAACGAGAGGUGAGACGUCACGACCACCACUUCACCAAGAAGCGUCGCGGCAGUAUCAGUGUCAGUAUGGGCGUAGGCCUCAGUCGCCGCUUCUCGUUCGGCUAUCAAGACCGACAUAGCGCCGUGGCAGCCCUGGCCCAGUGA